AUGAGCGCCCUCGCCUUCGACGACGCGGCCCUGGAGGGGCUGGCGCCGUCCCUCGGCCUCUCCGGGGCCAGCGACAUCGACACGGCCCUGCUCAGCGACAUCGACGACAUGCUCCAGCUGAUCAAUACGCCGGACAAUGACUUCUCGGGGCUGUUUGACACGCCGUUCAAUACCUCUGACAGCGCCGUGCCCCCGGGGCUCCCUCCUGCCCCGGGCACCCUCAGCACCUACCUGGGGCCCAGCAAGCCUCCCCCCGCCGCCCCCACCGGCAGCGUCUACCCGGGGCCCCCCGGGAUGGCGGCCUUCACCCCGCAGCCCCCAGCCCCGCUCCUGCCAGCGCCGGCCCCGGGUGUCAAGGAGGAGCCGGUGGCCGUGCCCAGCAGCCAGCCCCAGCCCGGCGUCGUGCUGGCCCCCAGCUUCGUCCCCGCGUCUCCUGGCCCGUUCAGCCCCCAGCCCUUGGUGGGCUACCAGAACCAACACAGCUUCUCCGCCGUGCAGCCUGGGGGUGCGGGGCAGGCCCUGCCCAGCCCCCUGCCCGCCGCCCCGCAGCCGGGACAGCCCCUGGCACUGCCCGGCCCCGUGCAGAGCGUGGCACCCCAGCAGCUCCUGGCCCCCGCUGCCCCCGCCACCCAGCCCGUCUCGCCCCAGAUCCAGCCGGUGCCGGUCCUGCUGCAGCCCCAUUUCAUCAAGGCUGACUCCCUGCUGCUGACGGCCGUCAAGACAGAUGCCGGCAGCGCCAAGACCUCCAGCAUCGCCUCCCUGGCCACCAGCGCCAGCGGCUCUGCCGCCUCGCUGCAGGCGCUGGUGAGCGGAGGGACCAUCCUGGCCACGGUGCCGCUGGUGGUGGACACCGAGAAGCUGCCCAUCAACCGGCUGGCGCCCAGCGGGAAGCCGGCGCUGGUGCAGAGCAGGGGGGAGAAGCGCACGGCGCACAACGCCAUCGAGAAACGCUACCGCUCCUCCAUCAACGACAAGAUUGUGGAGCUCAAGGACCUGGUGGUGGGCACCGAGGCCAAGCUCAACAAGUCGGCAAUCCUGAGGAAGGCGAUCGAGUACAUCCGCUUCCUGCAGCAGAGCAACCAGAAGCUGAAGCAGGAGAACCUUGCCCUGAAGAUGGCCGUGCAGAAGAACCACUCCCUGAAGGACCUGGUGGCCUCCUGCAGCGGGGGGGCCAAGGCGGAGGCCCCCAUGGAGGUGGUGAAGGCGGAGGUGAUGGAGAUGCUGACGCCACCGCCCUCAGAUAUGGGCUCGCCAUCCCACAGCAGCCCGCUCUCACUCAGCGGGGGCAGCAGCAACAGCAGCAGCGACUCAGAGCCCGACAGCCCCCUCUGCGACCAUGGCAAGGUGAAGCAGGAGCGCCCGCCGCCCUCGCCCAGCAGCCAGGGCAUGCUGGACCGCUCCCGCAUGGCCCUCUGCGCCUUCGUCUUCCUCUGCCUCUCCUUCAACCCCCUGGCCUCCCUCCUCCGGGGCUCCGGUGCCCCGGCCCCUGUGGGGAGCCUGGGCACCGCCGGUCCCGGCAGGAGCAUCAUGGCUGAGUCUGGCACUGAGCCGUGGGGGUGGUCGCAGUGGCUGUGGCCCACGCUGGCCUUCUGGGCGCUGAACGCGGCGCUGGUGCUGGGGGCGGUGGUACGGCUCUUCGUCUGCGGGGAGCCUGUCACCCGCCCCCACUCCGAGCCCUCCGUCCUCUUCUGGCGGCACCGCCGGCAGGCAGACCUCGACCUUGACCGGGGGGACUUUGCUCAGGGGGCCCAGCACCUGCGGACGGCGCUGGGGGCACUGGGGCGGCCGCUGCCCGCCUCCCACGGGGACCUGGCCUGCAGCCUGCUCUGGAGCCUGCUGCGGCACCUGCUCCAGCGCCUCUGGGUGGGCCGCUGGCUGGCCGCCCGCGCCGGGGGGCUGCGCCCUGACCCCCCACCCCCCGCCCACGUCCGUCAGAGCGCCCGCGACGCCGCCAUGGCCUACCACCGCCUGCACCAGCUCCAUCUCGCCGGGAAGCAGGCCGGGGGGCACCUGCUGGCCAUCAACCUGGCGCUGAGCGCCGUCAACCUGGCCGAGUGCGCUGGCGACGCCGUCUCCGUGGCCGCCCUGGCCGAGAUCUACGUGGCGGCCGCCCUGCGGGUCAAGGCCAGCCUGCACCGCUGCUUCCACUUCUUGGCUCGCCCCUUCCUCUGCAGCGCCCGGCGCGUGGCCCUGUCCCACGGCGGGGCCGUGCCCCCCGCCAUGCAGUGGCUCUGCCACCCCUUGGGCCACCGCUUCUUCGUCGACGGGGACUGGGCCGUCAAGGGCGUCCCGAGGGAGACCAUCUACAGCUCCGCCGGCAACCCAGUGGACCCGCUGGCGCAGGUGACCCAGCUCUUCCGUGAGCACCUCCUGGAGAAGGCGCUGUGCUGCGUGGCCGUGCCCGAGCCCGGCCGCCCCGCUGCCCAGGGAGAGGGGCGUUUCUCCGACGCCCUCGAGUACCUCCAGCUGCUCAACGGCUGCUCCGAUGCCAGCAGCGCACCUGGCCCCGCGCCCUCCAUCAGCUCCGGCUUGGCGGCCGUCACAGGCACCGACCCCGUGUCCAAGUGGUGGGCAUCCAUCAUUGGCACAGUUAUUCACUGGCUGCAGGGAGACGAGGAGGGGGCUGAGCGCCUCUACCCGCUGGUGGAGACGAUGCCCCGGGCGCUGCAGAGCUCUGAGAAGCCCCUGCCCCGCGCCGCCCUGCACUCCUUCAGGGCCGUCCGGGCCAUGCUGGGCAAGCAGGACGGCAGCCAGGCCAGCCUGAACCACUGCGAGAAGGCCAGCGGCUGCCUGCGGGAGAGCCUGGAGCUCGGCAGCCCCCCCAAAGGCACCAUCGACAAGGCGGUCCAGCUCCUGCUGUGCGACCUGCUCCUCGUCACCCGCACCAACCUGUGGCAGCAGCAGAUGAGCGUCAGCCAGCAGCGCAGCUGCCUCUACCAGGCGUCCGCCCUCGAGCUCCGCGGCUUCCAGCAGGACCUCAGCAGCCUGCGGCGCCUGGCCCAGACCCUCCGCCCCGCCAUGCGCCGGGUGUUCCUGCACGAAGCCACCGCCAGGCUCAUGGCCCGGGCCAGCCCCACGCGCACCCACCAGCUGCUGGACCGCAGCCUGCGGAGGAGAGGGGUGCAGGGCAGCAAAACAGGUGCAGCCGGCGAGCCGGAGAGCCACCCCACGCCGCGGGAGCACGCCGAGGCUCUGCUGCUGGCCUGCUGCUACCUCCCACCCAGCUUCCUCGCGGGGCCGGGCCAGCGCGUGGGCAUGCUGGCCGAGGCCGCCCGCACCCUGGAGAAGCUGGGCGACAAACGGACGCUGCACGACUGCCAGCAGAUGAUCAUCAAGCUGGGCAGCGGCACCACCGUCACAUCGGGCUAGCUGGGGAGCGGGGGCACGCUGCUAGCCCCGCUGCUAGCCCCCCUCCGGGUCCAGGACGUGGGGAAAGGGGGUGGCGGGGAGGCGCGUGCCUCAGUUUCCCCCGGGACGGGAGCCCCUUCUGCA